CCAGGCAUAUGUUUGGUGAGGGUGAGGAGGAGCAGAAGGAUGUCAAUUGUCUCCCAGCCUUAGUGAGGAUUUAAAUCCACUUUAGCAGCCUUCUUAGGGGCUUUGAGGAUGUAUGGGGAUGGAGAGGGCAUGGUUUGGGACCGGGUCGCUCGGCCCCACCGGGACUGUAUGUGCUACCUUGGACCUCCUACUUUGAUGCCCAUCGGGAUGCGCAAGUCGCCCGACGUGAGCCCCAGAAGGCUUUCGGACAUCAGCCCUCAGCUCAGACAGCUUAAGUACCUGGUGGUGGACGAGGCCAUCAAAGAGGACCUGAAGUCCUCGCGCUCAGUUGAGGACAUCAACAGUGCGUCCAUAGAGGAGCGAAUCCUGCGAAUCACCGGCUAUUAUGGAUAUCAGCCUUGGAGUGCAAGCUACAAGAGAGAAGACCGCAUCAGGGAGAGUGUGGUGGGCACCACAGACACACAGGCCGCGGGCGUUGCGGCCGGAGCAGAGUCGGGCUCCAGCAAACGGAAGCUGCACUGCUGCAUCAGAGUAACAACCGUACAGGUGAGCAAGGCCCUGUGGGGCGUCGCCAUGGUGAUGUGUGUAUGCUCCUCCUGGGCAGGCUCCACCCAGCUGGCCAAGCUGACCUUUAGGCAGUUUGACGCCCCCUUCACCCUCACCUGGUUUGCCACCAGCUGGAACUGCCUCUUCUUCCCACUCUACUACAUCGGCCACCUGUGCAAGAGUCCAGAGAGACAGACGCCCAGACAGAGAUUCAGGGAGUGCUGUAGGUUUUUCGGGGAUGACGGGCUUACACCCAAGGUGUUUUUCACCAAGGUGGCUCCCUUUGGCCUGCUGUGGAUCCUCACCAACUACCUGUACCUGCAGGCCCUCAGGAAGAUCAACACAACAGACGCGUCAGCGCUCUUCUGUUGUAACAAGGCCUUCGUCUUCCUGCUGUCUUGGAUUGUACUUAGAGACCGCUUCAUGGGGGUCAGGAUAGUAGCUGCGAUCUUGGCCAUAGCAGGCAUUGUGAUGAUGACCUACGCUGACGGAUUCCACAGUCACUCGGUCAUCGGCAUCACGUUGGUCGUGGCCUCUGCUUCGAUGUCAGCGCUUUAUAAGGUGCUCUUCAAGAUGGUCCUGGGCAGUGCCAAAUUCGGAGAGGCUGCACUCUUUCUUAGCAUCGUUGGAAGCGCCAAUUUUGUUUUCAUCAGCUUUGUGCCGCUCAUCCUGUAUUUCACACACGUGGAGUACAUUGACUCACCUGGAGAGAUCCCCUGGGCCUGCUUCUGCGGCGUUGCUGGCCUAAUGUUUGCUUUCAACUUCCUGUUGAACUUUGGCGUUGCGGUAACAUACCCAACACUAAUAUCUCUUGGCAUCGUCCUAAGUGUUCCAGUCAAUGCCAUGGUGGACCUCUACACAUGUGAAAUUAAUUUCAACACAGUGCGCCUCAUUGCUGUGUUCAUCAUUUGCCUGGGGUUCCUCAUGCUGCUGUUACCGGAGGACUGGGACCAGUGCAUCAUCCAGCUCAGCACAAAGCUGCGCAAGCGUGACGAGCCAGCAGAGAGCAGCGCAGAGGCAGGCGCAACCACAGGGCUCAACUGGAGAGGGAGAGCCAGGACCUCGAUGUCAACAUUUGCUCAUUGACGAUGUCAGGACAUUUGAUCUGCCCUCUUUUCACGAAGCUCCCAGGAUGAAAAAAAGUGUUUUAGACGGCCCUCUGAUCAGUAACACUUCGGUCAAAAUGGGAGAUGCAGGAAGCACAGAUGGUGAAUCAUUCAAGUUGUCAAAGUUGGUGCAUGGACAUGAACAAUGUUUAUUGUAACCCAAAAGAUUAUCAGGUAUAACUGAUUAAGUCAUGUAUUAAUCUGGCUGUACCUCUUAAUCAAUCCAUGGAUUCUCUACAUCCUUGCGCCUGGGAAGACUUGCCAACUUGCCUGAUAUUUUUCAGUUCCGAGCAAAAAAAAACCAACAUUUUUGGAGGCAGGCCUAACACAGUGUGGACUUGCUGUCUUCAACAUUUACACACCUUUAAGAUCCAAAGAAGAAUGCCUAAAAUGCUGAAUGCCUGAAAACAAAAAGGGGGCCCACAGUGGCGUCCCUCAGGUGUAAACUCGAUGACAAAUACCUGCCUUUCGUGCACUGUACAUAGCUGUGUGUCACACCGUUCAUGUCCGGGAGCUGUGGACCCAAUGGGCUCAUCUGGUGUGAAAGGACCUGUCUGAAGACCUGAGGAUCAAUCUGAGAUGAAGAAGAAGUGUGUCUCUGUUCAUCCUGAGAAAAGAGGUCAGGUCCGUUUUAACCACACUGAUUGGCCCCCUGUGGUCAUCUGCUUUCCUGGGGCUAACCCCCCCUCUGUCGACACUGACACUCAUUUCUCAGUCCCACAGUUAAGGCAUGAGAGAUAUAAAACCAGUUUGCAAUGCGUGAGAUGGUUCAGAUUUGUUUGCCAAAAAGUGUGAGUGCUUUCAGUCCAUCCAUAAAGCACCUGCUUUGCAUUGUCUGUUGCACAGAAACUGACAGUAAACAGUUUAUUUACCAAGCAAUACACAUGUAUUUACAGGACAUGUAUUGUCAUCCAAAUAAUAUUCAGAUAGGUUUUUUUGAACUCUCCAUUAGCUGUUUAAACUAUCAACGGUCCUAUUUUCACAAUUAAUGCUUCAGGUGUACUAAUGUUUGGAUGGACUAGAAGCACUAACAGCUUAUAAUAAACACAUACAGCCCCGGAAAAAAUCAAGAGACCACUUCAGCAUUAUCAUUUUCUCUUGUUUUCUUCUUUAUAGGUAUGUCUUUAUUGUAUUCUAUAAAAUACUGACAACUUUCUCUGUGUUGGAAUUCAACCGACACAGGAAUGGCUGCCAUACAUGUAGAGAUAAAGAUUUAAGAAAAAUUUGGAGCGGUCUCUUAAUUUUUUCCGGAGCUGUACUAAAACUUAGAACAACCCUUUUAAUAACUCGUAACACCAACCAGAGCUAUCACUAAGCCCCCGUUUGAAUUCCUAUCACAUUUCUAGAAGUAUAUGCACAAUACACAUUUUACAGAAAACUUAAAUAACAGACGGAUGAAAACUGUCUCACUGUGGUUUAAGGCGAGGAGUACUGACACAUGACAAUGGCUCACAUUUUUGUCCACCUCUGCUCUUUCAAAAAUAAAAUGUUGUGGUAUUUGUACCCAUCAAUCACUCUCCCGAGGCGAGAUAAACCACAGAGCGACUGAGGCCUACGCCUUGUAAAGCGACCGGUGGAAUCUCUGCCUUGUUGUGAAUGUAUGAACAUCACUCGUCCACACAUGCUCGCUACGUGCCAUCUAAUUUCUACAGUGCCACCACUGACCGCUGCAGAGAGACUCUUUAAUACUAUCCUCCUUGUUCUCAUCUCAGUUUUUUUUGGAGCAAAUUCUUGACUCAUCGUACAGGACUUUUUAUAUUUUUUUUGCAGUCUUACGUUGAGGGGACAGUGGGUGACAUCUGCAGGACGAGCAUGCACACAGUGUAUAAGCAGAUACAGCUGAAGUCCACUUCAAUGCCUUUUCUGUUUUGCAAUACAAUACAUUAGCACUGUUUCCCAUUGUCAUGCUCUAUGACAAUAAUUUAUAAUAUUGUAUUCCUCUGGAAUUAUUGCUAGACAUAAAUGUAAACCUUUGUAAGGAUGAUACAUUUUACACUGAG